AUGUCCCACCCUUCACCGUCGCCGUCCGGCAGCAGCAGCCGCCGCCGCCUGUCGGAGGUCCUUGGUGAGCAGCAGGAGCCAUUCUCCCUCGACCUCUAUCUCCUCGAGAGAGGCUGCUCCCCGGCCUUCCUCGACGCCACCGCGUGCGGUGGCGGCGCCUGCUCAACGUGCUGGCCCAAGACCAGAAGCACGGGCCGGAUCCUGAGGCGGCCGGCGAGGAACAAGAAGUGCUCCCGUCGGAGCGGCGUGCUAAGGAUGCUGCUCUCCAAGAUUCUCAGCGGCACGUCGACGGUGCCUGCGGCGACGAAGGACCGGCAGCAGCGGGCCGCCAUCGGGUGCCGCCGCGUCGUCGCCGAAAAGCAGAGGACGCCGGACAGCCUCGAGCUCGCUCUUCGUCCCGCUUCCCCCGGAGCCGGAGCCGUCGAAGCGCACAUGGAGGACUACGGGGAGCAGGAAGACGACGACGACGAGGACGAGUCCUCGAAGAAGCAGCUCAGCCCUGUGUCCGUGCUGGAGCAGCGCCUGUUCGAGCACUCGCCGCCACCGCCGCACGCGCCAACAGAAGCCCUGGCCAUCUUCGGCGAGCUCGUUGAGUCCGCCUACACUCCCAACACACUGCUGGACGACGUCAUCGCCAUCGCCAGAGACCGAAGCAGCAGCACCCAGUCCAAAGACGGCCGGCGCCGCCUCAGCAGCACCGACAACUCAACGCCGCCAACGACGCCGCGGACCAGGAGGAGGAGGAAGAAGAAGCACGCGCGUCGGAAGGAGGACGUGGCGUUGGAGAAAGACCUCGCCAAGUCGACUAGCCUCGUAGCCUCGGAGAUGGCCGGGGCAAGCGUCCGCGCAGAGGACCUGCGGCCGUCGGUGGAGGAAGUGGGCGCGCUCAUCGCGGCGGCCGUGCUGGAGGCGCUGGCGGAGGAGACGGCGGCGGAGCUGAUGGGGAUGGACCGCGGCUGUGCGGUUGACACGACGACACGGUGGUGCGGACGACGCUGA